UAUCAUGAAUCAGAUGAUUAAGCUUGGGCUGUGAGCCUGUGAGGCUGUGAAUAGUAAGAUAAGCUGAAUAAGCUUGAUGGUUCUAAAAUUUAGGAUUCAGCGGAUUCAGUGAAUAUGGGAGAUGAAAAUGAGGAGAACUUGAUUGAAAAGGUUCGAAACCUGGCUGCUCGAGCUGUUCAGCACGAUCAACUGAAACAGCUAAGUGCUGCGGUAUAUUUCUAUCAUGAAGCUGCAAAGGUUAUGGAUCAAUUAUAUUCUUUAACAGGAAAAGAUAGUUACCAAGCCCACGGAGAGAAAUACAAGAAAAGAGCAGAUGAGUUGAGAAGUGUUCCAGUAAACCAGGGAGUUCCUGAUCAGGUUCCAGGACAAAUUCAACUUAAACGCGCCAAAUCUUUACUUCUAGAAGCUCUGGACUUAGACGAGGAUGGGAGAAAAGAAGAGGCACUGCAACUGUACACUGAAGCUGUUGAAACAUGCCUGGAAGCCAAAAAGCAGUCAAAUGAAGCAGCUAUGCAGGAAAAGCUGGAGAAGUUGGCUAUAAAUGCUUUAGAAAGAGCUGAAACUUUGAAAAAUGGAGAAAAACCCGAAGUUUCGACUGUAAACAUAGUUCGGCCACUUGGAAACCUUAAUCUUUUCGAUAAAGGAGAACUAGAUGGGAAUAAGAACGGGGAAUACACUGAAGAAGAGAGGAAAGUUUUAAGAGAAACCAGCAACAUAAAUGGAAGAGAUUAUGUUCCUUUCAUUUCCGCAGAUCUCAGGGAAAGAUUUGCUUUUCCGAUUCCUUUCUCCGAUCCACAUGGUAAACUAUCAUUAUCAUCUAAACAAAGACAGAAGUUGAAGAGAUGGGCUCGCCCUGAUGAGUUUAUGCAAGAACCUAAAAUGCUUCAUCUUGUGGAUUGUUACAGUGUUAAACAGACAUUAGUCUCAGAUUGUAGUUUUGUAGCAUCUAUAGCUAUUGCUGCUCAGUAUGAAAAGAAAUAUAGGAGAAAGCUGAUCACAAGUAUCAUUUAUCCUCAGAACAAGAACGGAGACCCUGUUUACAAUCCUUGUGGAAAAUAUAUGGUUAAACUUCAUCUUAAUGGAAUACCAAGAAAGGUAAUUGUUGACGACUAUUUCCCGCUUGGUCCACACAACGAGCUACUCUGCUCCUACUCCAGCAACAAGUCAGAGCUCUGGAUAUCCUUACUUGAGAAAGCAUAUAUGAAGGUGAUGGGAGGAUACGAUUUCCCUGGAUCAAACAGUAAUAUUGACUUAUUUGCUUUGACCGGCUGGAUACCGGAGCGGGUUGCAAUUCGUCCUGAAGAUCCGACUUUUAAUCCAGAUUCAGUGUUUAGUCGCCUUCAUGAUAGAUUUCAUCACGGAGAUGUCCUUGCUACAGCAGCUACAGGAGAACUUAGUGACGAGGUUGCAGAGAACGCUGGUCUUGUUUCCACUCAUGCCUACGCUGUCUUAGAUAUUAGGUUGGUAAAAGGGGAAAAGCUAUUCCUAUUGAAGAAUCCCUGGUCCCAUCUCAGAUGGCGGGGGAACUGGUCUGAGCUGGAUGUCAGACACUGGACUCAAGAGUUUCAGACCCUAUUGAAUUAUAACCCUGAAGAUGCUGCAAACUUUGACAACGGAGUUUUCUGGAUGGAUUAUAAAUCUUUACAGAAAUAUUUUGAUGUUCUUUAUCUAAACUGGAACCCUGAUCUAUUUCGGAACCGGUUUCAUAUUCAUCAGCUUUGGAGGCUUGACGCCGGACCUGUAAAGGACACAAUAAAUAUUGGAGAAAAUCCACAGUUCAGUCUAGAGGUUAGAGAUUGUGCGAAUGGUGGCGCAGUUUGGUUACUCCUGUCCCGUCAUAUCCUGGAUAUUGCAGAUUUCAAGGAUAACAAGGAGUAUAUAACUCUUCUAGUCUAUAAGAACAACGGAAAGAGGGUUUACUACCCCUUUGACCCUCCUCCAUUUAUUGACGGAGUCAGAAUAAACUCUCCCCAUUACCUGACCAGAAUGGUUCUGCAGAAGGGAGAAAGUGUGCGAAGGUUUACUCUCGUUGUCAGUCAGUUUGAGAAAACGGAUAAAAUUUAUUUCACCGUUCGUGCCUUUUCCAACCAGCCUUUUACGCUUGGCAAAGUCAAAAAUCCGUUUAAGAACAAGAAGGAGUUGACCGGGAAGUGGGAGGGACGAACAGCUGGAGGAUGUGCUAACAAUAAGGAAACCUGGCCAAACAAUCCUAGAUUCAAGCUUGUUAUUGAUACCUUGUCACAACUGCAGAUCCAGUUGAAGGGUCCUCGUGAUUAUCAGAUAGGUUUUGAUCUACUCUGCAUAUCAGCCUCGGAUCCGUCCUCUCCAAUCUACUUUAAAAAGAAGUCCUCUGGUGUCUAUAGACCUGGAUUUGUGGUUUUAUCCUUGGAUAUUCUACCUGGAACCUACGACCUUCUUCCUUCAACCUUCAGGGCAGGGGAGGCCGGUGCUUUCAUUCUCACUGUGGCCUGCAGUGCUUCCUUUGAUAUCUCGAGAUAGUUAAAAACAAAGAAAUCAUUUUUCAAAUAUAUUAUUCGUUUGAAUUAAUUCUGAGCUGGUGCUACUCAGAUUGACAUAUCUUUAUUUAUUUGGCAUUUAAUGUAAUUUGUAAUGAAAUAAAUUAUAGUGAAUGAAUA